ACGAGACACGCCUCUUCUUCUUUCUGCGAUUCACGAAGCCAUGUGGCUGUCGUUGGUAAAUAAAGCUUAUAGCUAAUCUUGAACUUCCAUUUACUCUAAAUUUUUGCAUACAAACGCUGACUUUUGCACAGUCCGAGCAGCCAAAAUGUCCGCGGGCGUCGUGAACCUGCAGGCGCAGGUGGAGUCGGUGCUGGGGGAGCUGGUCAAAGCUGCCACGGUGGAGUUAACCAAACUGUUCGAGAGCAGAUACCGAGCCUCGGUGCUUGAUGUGGAGGUGGGCCGCACUGAGGACAAAGAGCAAAAAAAUACACUGGACAGUGGGGACACAACACGCAGCAUCGGAGUGCAAGUGGACGAAGACAUGUAUCCGCUGUUGGAGCUUUCUGCCCCCCCUUUCUUCUCAGAUGGUGAUUGUUUGAGGGAGUGCAGAGAGGAGGAGUUUGAGGUAGUGGAGGGGAGUCUCAUUCCAUCAGAAAUCCUCCUAGCUGAGGAUAAUGGCCACGCUGACCCCGAGUGGUCGCCUCUGAAGGAACAGGUUCUGGCAGAGACUGUAGAUAUGGUGGAGUUGAGCGGGUGUCAAGCAGAGUCUCCGACUGACAGUAAUUCACAAACUGAAGUUGUUUUGCAUGUCUCUGCAGAGACAUGGACGGAGACAGUAAGACAUGGAUCUAUGCAAGGGUCUCCGACUAAACAGAAGCCUCUUGUGAUCCAACCAGAUACACGUGACGUCAUUUCUGGGGAGAAGAUUAAGUUUGUUUGCCCGUUGAUCCUAAAGCCCGAGUCUUCAACCCCUAAACCUGACAGUUCAGAGAAGCCUGUUCAAACUGAGCCACAGCAAGUCUGUGGUAGCACCGCCAAGGGCACUGCCUACAGUCCAUCCCUGUCUGAUGGAGCAGUGACCCCUGCCCAAGUUGGGGUUUGGGAACGGAUCCACACACCGAAGGAGAAGAACAACCUCCACAUGAAACUGAAACUGACUUCUCCAGACCAAAAGCUGAAGCGUCCUUGUGUAGUACAACUGGUGGAUGUGCUCAUGAUGCCUGAGUCAGAGAUGAAGCUUCAGAAUGCUAUCGCCAAAAGUCAUGAUGCUACCCACAAAACAGGCAGGCCUCUGCCCAAAGACCUCCGCCGCCACCAAGGUCUUCACACUGGUCACCGCCUCUGCUGCUUCACCCCCUGUGGAGAUGGCAUAUGGCGGCUUCAGAAGGUGGUCACCCAUUCUCGUGAUGGAUACCCUUGCAGCAUCUGUGGCAAGACGUUCAAGCGGAGGAAGAUUCUCCGGCGGCAUGAGCGCUUUCAUUCUGGAGAAAGACCGUACUCGUGUUCCACGUGCUCGAAGACGUUCGCACUGAGGAAGAGCCUCCGCCGCCACUUGAGGUUCCACACGGGGCAGAAGCCACAUACCUGCAUGCAGUGCGGCAAAAGCUUCCGUCUGCGUGACAAUCUGAAAGCACACCUGAGGUUUCACACUGGGGAGAAGCCUUUCAACUGCACCACUUGUGGCAAGACGUUCAGGAUUGAGAGGAAUCUGGAGAAACACAAACUGAGCCAGUGCGGAUACUUUGUUCCUUCAUUCAGGACAAUUGCUGGCUUGUAGCAGUGGUCAAACAGAUGUCAGUGGAUGGUUGUGUUGGUUGUUCCACUUUCUACCUCAGACUGAAAACACUGUAUGGCUUUUGUAGACAGCCGUCUUGAAACAUCUAGAUAAGAAAGUUAAAUCUAUGAGAGAAACAGAAACCAUGAUCCAGAUCAUUCCUGACACUCAGACAUUCGAGAAAGGUUAGAUUUUUUUUUUUUUUUUAAUUAAUAUUAUUAUUAUUAUUUUUUUUUACAACAAAUAAGAACAGGAUGCAGCAUGAUUGGGGCAUUUUUUACAAACCUAUACUACUGAUGGUUUUGUCUUGAUUUCCUUUGUUUCUUAUUCCUCGCCAUGUUUUUUCCUCUUGUGGACCAAUACCAGGAGUGGGAACAGAAUACAACUACUUGGCAUUUUUUAGCAUUCCCCUCCACUUUGCACAGUUAUUCAGCUAUACUACAUACAUGUAUGUACUGCUCCUUGGAGAUUGUUUUGUAAAUGGGUUGGAAUGCAUCAGUGACAUUUUACGCUCUUUUGGGUAAAGACAGAAGAUAUUUGGGGAUUGUUUGGUUGGGAAAAAUACAGAUCCUCACGUGCCAACCUUUCUGUGUUGUGGUUCUGUAUAAAGUACUUCCACUGAUGUUUGUUUUUGUGUUGAUGCUCUUUCAAUGUUGUGCUUUUUUAAUUAACACCACUGUCUCUCAGUAUCUUGGUUUUGUAUUCAUUGUUUUGAUUACUGAAUGUAUGUAGACUUCUUUCCUCUGAUGGCCUAUAUAUCGAAGACCAUCUGUGCUGACUUUAUAAGAAAUCUGGUUUAAAUUUUAAAACCCUUUGCAAAGACAAAAGUACUAUACUAAGUGUUCAUAUGUGAUGUCAUGUUCUCUUUUUAAAUACUGUUUAAAAAGUUUUUAUAUUCCUCGAAACAAAUACUUAACAAAUGUUUGCUUUCAUCUUUUUAAACUUCUGA